GGGACCGAGGCCUGUGCGGCUGGGCACAACCUGAGGAGCCAGCAGGCUGGCUCAGCCCGGACUGGGCCUGAGGAGGCUCCGUUCCGGGAGGUGAGGGUGCGGAGGACGAGGAGCGUUUCUCAACACGCAGUUGGAUCCGACGGGCACAGGGAUUUGAGAGAUUAUGGCAUCUGAAGCCCACAAUGGUAGAAAACAGAAAGUAUUACAUAUUGAAGGUCAUCCCAUUGAUCUCCCCAGAAAAAGGAUCUCCUCUUCCACUAAAAAGAUCAUGAAGGAGGGUAAGAAAUCUCCAAAACAGCUGGCUUCAUACACAAACAGAGUAACAGUUGGAAAAACGGUGACUAGUCCCCUCUCUCUUUUCAAAGUAGUGUGUUGUAAAAGGAAAGUUCAUUGUUAUAGUCCAAAGCCUUGUUACAGAAAGAAACAGUUCCCUAAAUCUAGGGGCUGUGACAUGGCAAAUAAAGAAAAUGAACUGGCUUGUGCCGGAAAUCUGCCAGCAAAGCUGCAUAAUGAUAGCCGGACCCACUUGCUGAAUUCCAGUGACUCUGGCUCCUCUCAAACAGAAGGCCCCUCCUCCAAAUACAGUGGAUUCUUCUCAGAGGUUUCUCAGGACCAUGAAACUAUGGCUCAAGUUCUUUUCAGCAGGAAUCUGAGGCUGAAUGUAGCUUUAACUUUUUGGAGAAGGAGAAGUAUAAGUGAACUAGUAGCCUACUUAGUGAGGAUACAGGACCUUGGAGUGGUGGUAGACUGCCUUCCUGUGCUUACAAACAGUUUACAGGAAGAAAAACCAUAUAUUUCAGUUGGCUGCUGUGUAGAUCUUCUGCCUUUAGUGAAGUCACUGCUUAAAAGCAAAUAUGAAGAGUACGUGAUAGUUGGUUUAAACUGGCUUCAGGCCGUCAUUAAAAGAUGGUGGUCAGAACUAUCUGCACAUACAGAAAAGGCAGAGGAUGGAAAUAUUCAUAUUUUAAAACAACAAUUAAGUGGAUUAUGGGAGCAGGAGAAUCAUCUGACUCUGGUUCCGGGAUAUACUGGUAAUAUAGCUAAGGAUGUAAAUGCUUAUUUAUUACAGCUACACUGACAAGAGUGGGAAACUGCUUCUGUGGUGAAAUAAUCCCCUGAAGUAUCCAUGAAAUAUGGACUGUUUCUGAAAGCCUUCUGAGAACUACUGGGAGAAGAGAACUGUCAAGCUGUUUGAUGAAACCACUAACAAAAUCCUAACCAUCUACUUCACAUUGAAGUGGAAAAAAAUGUCUUGUAGGAGCAACUUUCACUUCAGUGAGGUGGAAGUGCACUAGGAAAACUGUAUGCCUUUGCUGCAUUUGGGAUUCACUCAGUUAUAGAUGUUCCUUUAAAGGCUACUGGAUUUUACUACAGCAUUGAGUUAAAGAAGAUGAAUGACAAGACAGCAGAACCAGUGUAUGAGGAACUAUCAACAGCAAUCAGCAUUGAGAGCUCUUGAGUAUUUCUUUCACAAGAGAACUCCAAAAUGCACAACUAUCUUCCAAUCUCAUCAAAAUCCCUUUGGAAUAUUCAAUGUUUUAAUGAAAUUAUUCAAGGCAGAUUUUGUUUGCACUAUUGAGAAACUCCAGCAAGGAUGCCUUAAUGCCUUAUUAGUGUUUCAACAAGCCAAUGUGUUAAGAUGCAAAUAGUUAUUACCUUCGGAUUGUGAUUGAAAAAAAACUCCAAAAUCAGGGUUUGACUUUGUGUAGUUACUGAAACGUUGCACACAAAGAUUGAUGGAUGAAAGCUAUGAGAAGUACCUGAAGUGCCACUUGGCUCAGCAGCUCUUGUAGCUGGCAGUAGAGUGGUGAAUUCCUGGCUAACAAAUGUUUUUAUAUUGUGUGUGGAUUUCUAACGCAGUAAUCUCCUCCUGUAUCAUUUAAACUACAUGCAAACAAGUAAACAUAUUAAAGAUAUCUACUGUUUUUUUUUCUUCUCAAGUUUCUAAAAGAAAUUUCUAGAAUAAUCUCUUUCCCAGUGCUUUUUAUCCUAGGUAUUUAUGUUUGUUGGAAAUGUUUACAGCCAGCUGCGGCCCUGCUACUGCAAUUGCACCCUUUUUGUACUACCUCCUUUCAGAAACUGACAGCUUUUUCAGAAGAAAUCCAGUUCUGGCUUGAUCUCUGGUGACCAAUUCCUCCCCACACUAGCAUUCAAAAUACAGGUAACAGCUUUUACUGUCCUGCUGCUAUCCUGUGCUGGUUUAAUUGAAGUGCUCUAGCUGCAUAGCUCUGGAGCAGUUCUGGGUUUAGGCUUGCUCUUGCCUUUUUUGUGUUUAGGAAGCUGCUUUGCCACUUCAAAUAUCGUUAAGUGCCAGCUGUUCACUUUGAUCUAUGUGCACAGCAUCCAGCACCAAAUAGUCCUCUCCCUUUUAAGUACUUAAGGGUAGAAUUAAGCAUAAUGCACUUUUACUAAUGUGCAGGAGAAAAGUCUUUGGAUAGCCCUAAGUGGUUUUUGCUUUACAGAAGAAAUAAAUCAAUUUUAAACUCUGGUAGUGGUCCACAGCUUUAGGCCUCCUGUUGCUUCAUUUUGUUUUGCUUCUUUAUUGUUGCUGACUUGUGAAGGCCAACUGGAAAUCUGUCCUCAGAACUUGGUGCUUUUGUUCCUUUGAGUAUUCUCUGAACCAAAGGUUUUGGACUUCCCAGGGAAGAGCUUCUGGGACAUGCUGACCCCGAGGGCUCCAUAGUUCAAUCUGGAGAUAUGCACACAGCCACAUUGCUUCUGCUAGAAUCAGGAGGGACUGAUGGAAAGAUUUUGCACUCGGGGUUCAAGGUAGCCCUUAAUACGUUUUCAGAUGUUGUUGCUGGCAGCUUAAACUGUAAAGGAGCCCCAGUGUGAUGCCAUUCCUAGAUUACUGUUCCAUUGAGCACUCCAGCGUGAGAGCAGCAAAGUCCGGCCUUUGGGUAGCAAUUGCUGAAACUCUUAGGUUCUCUCUCCAUGAAAAUACUGCAAAGGUGAUGCAAACUCAGCUCUUCCUUUCUCCUGUUUGCUUUUAAAAAGACAAAAUGAAGUAACUCCUGGCCACUUACUGCUGAUAAUCCAAGAAGUAAUCAUUGUAAUUGAUGGAAGUGAAUGGCUCUAAUGUUCAAAAUGCAGCCUGACAGUAGAUGUAAAUCCAUGGGCUUGUAAUGUAAAUCCAUGGCCACAUGUAGAAUUCCAAGUCUUAUCUGUGGGUGGUGCUUUUGUUCUAGUGGCAAGGUAAGAUUGACUUUGAGGCUUGUUAUUGAGAAAUACAUAAUAAAAGAAUGCAUUCUUUUUAA